UGGGGCUCUUGCAUUCGUUCUUUCUCUCUCUUCUUACUGUUUUCGCUGCUUCUCUCUUUUCUCUCUCCUCUCUCUCUCUUCAGGCAUUUCAACUGCAAAUUCCGCGAUUUCUUCUGCAAUUUCUUCUGCAAUUUCUUCGCGAUUUGGCUACAUUUACCUUGACUGUUCAUCAAUUGAUUUUUGACAUCAUUGAAUCAUGCCGAGAACUAAAACUGCUAAUAAGAGGGAGAUUUUACAAGAAGAUGAGGAAAUACAAUAUCCAGAUUCAGAUAUUUAUGAAUAUGAUGAUGAUGAUGACGAUGAUGCUUAUGAAGAUGAUGAGGAUGAGGAUGUUAAUGUUGAUGAGGACGAGGACGAGGAUGUUAAUGCUGAUUUGGAUGUUGAGGCUGAUGAGGCUAAUGUUAAACCGGUAGGCAAAGGGAAGAAGAAGCCGGGAGUCAUGGAGAAGAAAGUAAAGGUCAAGACUGAGAUGCUUGAAAUAAAAGCAAAAGGGAAGAAGACAAGGAUUAAGGAUGAGGUGGAUGCUGAUGUUCCUGUUGAAUCUGAUAAUGAUGUCCAGAUCUUGGAUGGGGGUUGCAGUACUUCAAACAUGACUAACCAGUGUAGACCAAAUGCUUUGUCAGCUGUCAUGCAAAAAUUCACUACAAAUCAAAUUAAGGCUGUUUCGGAAAUUGGAUUAAGUUGGUUGUUAUCUUUACCUAUGCAAACUUCUAAGUUAGAUACAACAUUAUUUCCCUAGUUGAUUGAUCAUUUUGAUCCCGUUAGUUGGUUAUUUAAAAUAGAAGCUGGAAAGGAAUUCAUAUUUACUCCAUCUGAUGUGCAUGAUGUGUUUCUUCUCCCAUUACAUUCUGACAACACUAUUGUAGAUAACAACACUAGGACUAA